AUGGCUUUGUCAAGUCCUCCCCGAGGUGUCCAGCCCGGCGAUCUCCUGGUUGUUGUCCAUGACUUCGAUGCGCGCGGUAACGACGAACUUACUUUACGCCGAGGAGACAGGCUCGAGUUAAUUGAACUAGACGAUGGUUUUGGCGACGGAUGGUUUCUCGGAAAGCAUUCAAAAACAGGAAUGACCGGUCUUUUUCCUGGAGUCUAUACUACCUUCAGCCCGCGAAUUAACACUCGACCGCAAACGGAUACGUCACAGCACCGCGACUCCGGUUCGCAAAAUGAAGAGCCCGAUGUAAUCCUAGGUGCGCCGGUUGCAUUGAAAAGUGGCCAGUCCACCCCGCAAGCUUCGCGCCAUGCUAGCGCCUCCGGUAUGCAGGUGCCGGAUAUCGAUCCUUCAACACCCCCUUCGCCCAAGCAACAACUGCAGCCGCAACAAAGAUCGAGCUCGUCUCCACUGCCAACUCGAAACAUGACUCUUGAUGUUCAGCAGUCGUUCAAACAUUCCCUUGCGCAUCAGAUGAGUGGUCAGGACAGUCCGGUCAUGAACGAGACCUUGAGCGUUAUCGAUGAGCAUAUCACCGACUUGAGUACCCCACGACAUAGCUUGGCGCCUCCGGAACCCAGAGUGCGAAACGAUUCCGAGAGCGAGUAUAGCAGCCAUCUCGGGCACCGUAUGUCCUACAUCAAUGGCCAUGAGACGGACGAAGAGGAAGAAAGUCAACCUACCGAGGAACAGGUGCGCGCCUGGGAUCAGCAUGAAACCGCAAAGCGCCUCCGAGAGCUUGACGUCGAUGACAAACACUGUGACAUCUUUGAAGAGCAAGAAAUUACCGGUGACGUCCUCCUUGAUAUGUCUCAGGAUUUCGUUAUGAUGAAAGAGUUUGAUUUCGGUGUCAUGGGCCGCCGUUUGAAGACCUGGCACAAAGUGAAAGCUUUUCAGGAAGAGAUCAAGGGGCAAUCCGCCUCCUAUCCUCGGACGUCAGAAGAGCGUCCCGAACAUACGGGUACCUUCCUCCCACGCAUCCCAACCUUUUCCGAAAAGACUGGCAGUUACCAUCAGUCACGAGGUUCAAGCAUUUCGUCGUAUCAACAUCCCCGGUUCAGUGGAAAUAUGCAGAGCAAUACCUCGCCCGCUCCGACCUAUAGCAUCGGUGUUGAAAAAAGGCCCUCGGCUGCAUCCGUUCGAAACUUUAACCAUUCUCGCCGUCAUUCGUCGAUUGACACGACCAACCGCUCUUUCGAGUUGGCUGACUCGCCCCCUCGUGCGUCGCAUCAGCCCAAGUCCUCAUUUGACCGAGCUUGGUCCAUGGCUGGUGGAAACCAACGAAUUUCCCCUCGUCCAGGUACGUCUCUGGGGACGACCACAUCAGAGAGCACGUAUUCCCAGCAAGGAGCACGCGGCGCAGACCCUAAUGAGUGUGAUUCAGCCAUUUCGGUGACGGACCGGUACGAUGACCUGGACCGUGGAUACUUCUCAGGGCCCGAGGGUGACACCAAGAAAAGCAAGCGGGUGCUGGUCAAACGGGGUUCCGCGGCUAGUGGGAGUAUCAGCCAUUCCAGGAAGUCAAGCUACAACGACGAACCUUUUAGGGUGGGCAAACGGCACUCUCGUAUUGGAAGCAUCGACUCGAUUCGCGAUGCCGCUAACCAUGCCUUCGCCUCGUCGAAGCUGUCUUCUUCGGGUCCACCCGUUCCACCCCCCAAGGGGCGUAUCCGGAGUCUUAGCACGCGCAUUGUCGACCGGUCCGGUCACAGCUCGCAAUCAUCCAAUGCGGCCUCAUUAGAGGAUAAGACAGCUUCUGGAACCGGGUUCUUUUCGUCUUUGGUUGGCAGCAGUGGAAGUGGUAAAACCGGUGCAGAAUCAUCUGCGCGUUCUUCCUCAUCGCCGUUCCAGCAACAUAUCAAAAAUGCUGGUCCUAAAAUUCGACGUGCUGUCGGCCUUCGGACGACGACAGACAUUGUCGGAAAAGUCGACAUGUCGGGAGUCCCUUCAUCACCGAUAAAGGACUCGGAUCCGUCAUCUAUCCGAACUGGAUCAACCACGCCAUCUGCCACAUCCAAGAGUUCGGAACGCAUUAGCACUGAACGCCAGAGCACUGAUGGAUCUGGGAAAGCGAUAGAUGGCGCCGGUGGUUUCCCUUUACCACGCCCCAAGCCCUCUGUCAAGACCUCCGUCAAGACCAAGAAGGACACAAGUGCGUACAUCCAAGGAUUAGAGAAGAAGUCUCCAAAUGAGCAAAUGACACAAUGUGAUUAUUCGGGUUGGAUGAAGAAGCGAUCUUCGAACCUGAUGACAACGUGGAAGCCUCGCCUCUUUGUCUUGCGGGGUCGUCGCUUGUCGUAUUACUAUUCGGAUAAGGACAAAGAGGAACGAGGUCUGAUUGACAUUACUGGGCAUCGUGUUCUUCGAGCAGACAACGACCCAAUUAUCACGCUACAUGCCACCCUCACUGGUGCUACUGCAUCGCCAACGUCGCCCGCCGGUGCUGCCCAAUUACCUACGGAAAAGUUGUCCAAGUCCGAAAGCAGCGGGCCGUUCUUUUUCAAGUUGGUGCCCCCGAAAGCCGGCGUGGCUCGCAGUGUCCAAUUCACCAAGCCUGCCGUCCAUUAUUUCCAAGUGGAUACUGUCAAAGAAGGCCGCUUGUGGAUGGCUGCUCUCAUGAAAGCGACUAUCGAACGUGACAUGGAAAUUCCAGUCGAGACCACCUACAACAUUGAUAAAAAGACCGUUAGUUUGAAGCAAGCUCGACUGAUGAACCAGCGACCGCAUGCGCUUCUCGCCACUCCAACGCCUCAAGAGGAAGACGAGGACAAGGCCGAAGAACGGGCGCAAGAGGCGGGCAAAGAGCCACCGACCAUGAACGACGGUACCGGUCUGGGUCUUGGUCUUGAGACUCCCACUAGGGGUGAUGAUGGUGGCCAGAUUCCAUCGAGCCCGCUUGCUAGUAACCCUUUUGACAACGGCUCCUCGAAUUUGAUUUCAGAAACGACUGAAAAGUCUAUUAUUCGGGUCUCCUCGAUGUCCCUCCUUUUCCUCACUCGCCGUCUUCUCUUCGUCCUCCUUCCAUUGGCGGUAGCGGCCACGGCCUACCUCUAUCUUUACCCGGUUUUCCACGGCUGCGCGUUUCCGCUGCCUCGAAAAACAGAAGAAGGCGUUGGAAAACAGGACACAAAUCCGCUCCUCGCUACCUUCCGACAGCAUGUCGGCACCGCCUCCGCAGACGAACCGGCCAUCUUUCGAUUGCUAGUCCUAGCAGAUCCCCAGCUGGAAGGGGACAGUUCGCUCCCGAGUCCUGAUAAUGCGCUCUCGGUGCGGAUCCAGAAACAUUGGCUUGCGGUUAAAUUAGCUUUGCAAUACCGUCCCGACGAUGACAAUGAUGCCAACGAAAAUGAUGCAGAGAACGAAACCGACGAUGGUGAUGACGGCGACGACGACGAUAUCAGUGGCCUUGAACACUAUUUACGAAAUGUGUACUCUACGAUUUCGACAGUUUGGCGCACUCUCAUAACCAAGGACGUCCCACGCAGCCUGCGCGCUGCUCAGAAACGGCUUGAUUUGCUGGGAAAUGACUACUAUUUGGCACAUAUAUACCGUACGCUGCAUUGGUGGACCCGUCCGUCGCAUGUCACAGUGUUAGGGGACUUGGUUGGUAGCCAGUGGGUGACGGAUGAGGAAUUCGACCGGCGCGGGGACAGAUAUUGGGAUCGGGUAUUCAAGGGUGGUGAACGGGUUAGCGAUGAGAUUACUGUGACAGGGCAAAAGGGACACGAAAAUAAUGAAGUAUACGAUACAUCUAGGUUGGAGCAACUAGGAGCCAAUCCUGCUUGGGAACAUAGGAUCAUCAACAUCGCAGGGAACCACGAUAUUGGAUACUCGGGGGAUGCUAGUGACUCUCGGUUGGAGCGUUUCGAGCGCGUAUUUGGACGCGCGAACUGGGAUAUUCGUUUCCAGCAUCCCCUUUCCAACCAUGAUAAUUCGAUCGUCAUCCCAACACUGCAUGUGAUUAACCUAAAUACCUUGACCUUGGAUUCCCCGGCUCUUUCAGCGAAGAUCCAAGCGGACAGCUACGACUACAUCAACGACGUGAUCUCCCACCGCACUUGGCCGGUUGAGGAUCGCACGACCUUUACGUUACUUCUCACGCAUCUCCCCAUGCACAAGGAGGACGGAAUUUGCACGGAUGGGCCUUACUUUACGUAUUAUGAAAACGACGAUGAGGGUGACACACCCCGCUUCCUGGAAGGAGGCCUGCGAGAGCAGAACCACCUUAGUGAACAUCUCAGCACCAACGGCAUUCUGCAGGGCAUUUUUGGCAUGAGCGGGAGUGAGGAAGCCCCCGUUGGCGGAUUCGGUCGUAGCGGACUGAUUCUUACUGGUCACGACCACACCGGAUGCGACGUGGUCCAUUUCAUUAAUCGGACAAACGAGGAUGUGACUGAGCAACACGACGAUGCAUCUGAAUCCGAAUCCGAACUCGAACAACAGGCCUGGAAGUGGAAAGCAAAACGGUACGUCGACCACCACGAUACUCCGCAAGACACACCGUCCAUUCGUGAGGUCACCCUCCGCUCCAUGAUGGGCGAGUAUGGCGGGAACGCCGGUCUACUCUCUCUCUGGUUCGACGCCGACCCAGCUGUCAACGAAUGGAGAUACGAGAUCACCAUGUGCGCCGCUGGAGUGCAGCAUAUUUGGUGGGCGGUUCAUGUGACUGACCUUGUGACGGUUAUUGUGUUUUUGGUAUACAUUCUUGCUUUGGCUUUUGGAUCCUCGAAAUCAGGAUCUCCUCACAGACGGAGUUAA